AUGCAAGAUUGUCGGCUAGCCCAGAAAAGUAGUGGUCACCGGGUCGGCCCUACACAUAUUAGUUCCGUGCAGCGCAUUCUAGUCAUGAAGCAACGCCAGCAAAAGCAUGUGACGUACGUUAGCUGUUGCGAGACCUGUAGGCAUGCUUUUACCAUUGGCCCCGCCUUCAUGAGGGUCCAAUUUCCCAAGUUCACCGUUCGUCUCGGCGAUAGCGCCACAAUGUGGAGUAGUCUUAGUAGGAGGGCCAUGCGUCGCAGUGCAUCAAAGCCGCCCUAUGAUGUCUUCCAGAAGCGUAAGCCUCAAGCGCGUGGUCAAGUUAGCCUACCGGUUUCUAGUACACCUUUUUACAGUGCCGAGCCCGUCUGA